UCUGAUAAAAAAUAGGGGGAGUUGAAACUUACUCAGAUUUGAUUGGUACUUACUUAAGCUCCUACUUCGACUUCGCCGUUCGCCACUUAUCUUCAAUGGCACAAUACCUCACCAAUGUCCCCAUUCAAGGACAAAUAUCUCUUGAUCCACAGAGCAUUCUCUUCCUCUGCAAUCAGCUCGCGGAGACAAAGACAGAGGUAAAUCUCUCGGACAAAGAACUUUCAAAGAAGCUCAGGCCCGCUUAUGCUGCUCCAUUCUCCAAAUUCGAGCAUCAGAACGAUGCGAAGCUCGUCGCAAUCGCUUUACUAAAAAACGUCUUGUCUCCUGUCCGUCGAGUACCUCCGGAAAUCCUCUCUGAAAUCUUCGAAUGGUAUUGUUUUUCCGAGAAGAAGGAUGUCACCGGAUGGCGCCACGAUAUCGUUGCGUGCUAUGUUCCUACUCUGGUCAGAGUUUGUGUAGUUUGGCGAAACACGGCUCAUGGCACUCCUCGAAUAUGGUCUAAAUUUUGCCUCGAUUCUAUCAGGCAUCACAGAGUGUUUGAACAUGCUUCGCAUGGCUGUUGGAUCGGGGGUUGGCUUUCUCGAAGUCGAGGGGUUCCUUUGGACAUAUCCCUCAACUUCCGCGACCACAGUUUCUCAUUGGAGAAAAUUUUGACCUUCCACCGCAAGAUACGCUCGCUCAGUAUAGGGGGGUAUUUGGGAACAUGGGAAGGUCUCUUCCGAAGGCAUAUGCAACGCGCCGGCUCUACCACUCUCCUUCCCGAGUUAGAGCAUUUGUUCAUACUGGACGAGAUGAAGAGGCCCGAGGGUCGCGACACCUUCUAUCACUCUGCCGGUUCCCCGACUGAAACAAUCACGAUAUUUUGUAAAGCAUCGAAGCUUCGAACAGUCAAAAUCAAGGAACCACGGUAUGACUAUUCUGUGCUUCAGCAUGUGCAGCUACCAGCUGCACAACUGACAUCGUUGGACAUUUCGGUUUUUCGUUGUGAUGGAGGCGGAAGGUUCGAUCCAAAAGUAUACGCCGAGUUUCUCAAUCAAUGCAGCAAUCUUGUCAAUCUCCAAUUUCAUCCAUCAAUUCUUUUCGACCCGUCAUUAUCUCUACAUUUUCCUGCACUUCGGAAGCUUGUCAUCACCUGCGCUGGGUAUCAAGAAAAUGCUACCAAGGUUGACUUGCUUCACUGUCUUACAACACCCCUCUUACAUGAUUUGACCAUUCAAUGUGGUUGGCCAACCGUAACUCACAUACGGAUGAUCAUCGAAAAUUUACUCAGGUUAAAGGCCCGCUCUGAAAUUGUGCUGUCGUCUCUGACCCUGGUAAAUUUUUGGGAUGGUAGAUGUCGAACUGCGCAGACAACAGCGAUGAUUGUGGAUCUUUUGGCACACUUUCCUACGAUCCAGUCAUUUGUAAUCCUUGACCUCAAAGCCGAUGUCAGCGAUCUCUUUCAAGCUAUGACCUUCGGCGCCCAAGAUCAUUUGCAGCUUCUUCCUCAUCUCACAGAUCUCCAAGUCAAGUGGGACCACCAGGCUUAUAGGCAGUACCCGGUCGCUCUGAACGUUAUGAUCAAAUCACGGUGCUGGGCAGGAAGCGAACGAGACCUCACCGACGAUCGACAUGAAUUCUGUCGAUCCUCCGAGCAGUGGAGAUUGAAAAGGGUCGUUAUGCGAGGUUUUCCUGAAUUCCAGAGGGAGAUCCAGCCAAUAAGAGAUAUCUCUGGCUUAGAUUUGAACUACAUGAAUUGGUGGGAAGAUUGAGUAGGUGGUUUCCUCCAACGCGAUAUACUCAUUUUUUGGGAGGAUAGGAUAGGAUAGGAUAUAAAUUAUACUGGCGAGGUCCGAUUCCCGAACGGCCAGUUUAGGGAGUACACGCUAUAUUCUUGCGUUUAUUACUGCUGGCGAAUCUUUACCUCAAAAAAUCGUUAUGUGAACAUACCUUAGAUUAUGGUUAACAUUCAAGCUCUCGUUGUGUACGAGUAUCUGAUGAUUUUAUUGUACAUUUUGUCGUCAAUUAAUCUAUCUGUGCAUUAGUCUCAGAAUGUUGCAGCGCCGCUGAUGUUCCUUGCC